UUCAUGUCUUGAUUACUUGCUCUCGCAAAGCCCACAAAAAACAAAAUUAAAUUUUGCAAGAUUCAAGGACGCCCCUUCCAACAUAUAGAGAGACAUCUCCUACUUGGCUUUACCAGUUUUUGUUAAUUACUUAUGCUCUCUAAAUCUUUACAGAUGCUUCUUUUUUCUUUGCAUUACCAACUUCACACGCACGCACAUAAUCUAUAUAUAUAUAUAUUACAAACUUCUUUACAAAUGCUUCUUUUUUCUUUGCAUUACAAACUUCACACGCACGCACAUAUAUAUAUUAAUAUAUAUAUAUAUAGAAAUAUAGACAUGGAGAAGAAUAUAAAAUUAAGGUACUUCAAAAGAUGGAGACAGCUGUUAUAGACAGUUGGGCACGUGUCACUCUGGGUUUCUGCCAAGAGCCGAAUCCAACAGCUUAGUUGUGUCUAUACACGUGUUGCUCACGCACUUCACCACGCCACAUAUCCCCCACAUUUGCUUAUUUGGAAAGUCAUUCAACCCUAUAAGUUUGUGCAUUCACAUCAAUGAUUUGCGAAUAUUUUGUCUACUUUGGGAGAGGAUUACUAGAAAUGAAAGACAGUGAAGCAGCAGCUAAAAAACCUUCCAUGGGAAGGUCAAGGAAAGGAUGUAUGAAAGGCAAAGGAGGGCCAGAGAAUUCACUCUGUACAUACAGAGGAGUGAGGCAGAGGACUUGGGGCAAAUGGGUUUCUGAAAUUAGAGAACCAAAUAGAGGAACCAGGCUUUGGUUAGGCACUUUCAAUACCUCAUAUGAAGCUGCCAUCGCUUACGAUGAGGCUGCGAAAAAACUCUAUGGUUCUUCUGCCAAACUCAAUUUGCCAAACAAUGGUGUUUCUUCAUUUAGUAGUGGUAGUAGUUCUCCCAAUUGUUCUGCUAAUUUGGUGAAUUUGGCUGGUGGUGUUGUUGAUGGGGGUGAGAUAAUUGUGGGGAGCAGUGGCAUUAGUUCAGGAGGAAGAGUGCAAGAACAAAAUGGUGGGUCUACUAGUGGGAGUAGUGGGUCAAUCAAAUGUGAAGAUAACAUAGAUGGGUUUUGGGAGAGUUCAAUCUCUGGAUUGGUUGAUGGAGGAGGGAAUUUGUGUUGGCCUGAGAUUGGUGUUGGGAGUUAUCUUCAAGAAAUGAAUGAUAUUGGGGGGUUAAUGGAUGGAGAAGUGUUAAACGGUUGGGACAUUGGGUUGCAAGCUCCAUGGUGUGCUUGUGAGGAAUUUGAUGCUUCUAUUGGGCAUGUAUGAUCAUAUUGUUUGGUCUUUUUCAAUUUUCAUGGUGGUGUGUAUUGUAUGGAUAUAGUUAGUAAAGCCCACAAGACAAUGGAAGUUUUUAUUUUUACUUUCUUUUCUCACUCUUUGCUAGGUCAGAAAACUAUAUGUGAAUAUAGUAUGUUAAAAGAAAAGAAAAAAGAAAAGAGC